AUGGAUCAGGAUCACACCACCUCAUAUUAUUCUCUUCUUCCCGAAGUCGGCAGCUUCUCGUACAGCUGGCCGACCAGCAAACCAACGCCCCGGCCCGAGGAGCGCAUCGUCCAAGGCGACAUCACAGCCUCCUCCAUCGCGGUCGACCCUGCGUCGGCGUCGCAAUGCAGUUUUGACUUCCGGCUAUCGGUGUCCGGGCAGACCGAGGCGAUGGCUGUCGCCGACCAGAUGUUCCUCGACGGCCUGCUCCUUCCCCUGCAUCUCGCGAGCCAGCAUGGCCAGGAUGACGGCCAUAAGCAGCCGUUGCUCACGCGGUCGCUCUCGCUGGACUCGUCUCAGAGGAUGAUAGCCUCUGCAGCCACGAGCAGGCAGCACCCGCCGACCCGGCAGUCCGUGUCGCAGAACUCUUCGCCUUUCAAUCUCCGCGGUGGCCAUGGCACGGUGACCACCGCGAGCGCAAGGGGCGCCGUGUUCAGGAUGAGCAAACUCGGGCUGCCGUCUUUUGGGAGAUGGAGGAAGCAGCACAGGUGGAUUUCGUUUAGGUUCUUACUGCCCUUUUAUCGGAAGAAGGUGAGAUGCAUCUGGAGGAGGAAGGCAACGGAGGAGAAGGAGAAGGAGAAGGAUGCUCCUCAGCAUACCGGCAGCACCAAGGCUAAGCUGUGUGAUUUAGGCCAAGAAAGUGCUAUCAGGGACGCUAUUCUCCAUUGCAAGAGAUCCUUGUAG